AUGUUUAAAAUCGGCAUUCUAUUGCUCCUUGCUUGGUCAACCUGGGCGAAAGGCAUGCUGUUCCUUGACUUUGCUAUCGCAAACCCCCAGCGAUUUGACAUCAAGGUCGAUCAAGACUUCCUCGACUUUACCCUCCAUAAAGUCCGCGACUAUCGUCCCGCCAAUAGCUUCUUUCCAGACUGGACCAACGAAGGUCCCCCCAAGGAUGCCGUGAAGGAACUUGCUGAAUACUGGGGCAGCAAAUAUGACUGGAGGGAUGUCGAGAGAUCAAUCAACAUGGACUUCAAGCACUAUGCUACUACUGUUCCUGGAAAUGGUAACUAUUCUGAACCUAUUCCAAUCCACUUCGUUCACGAAAGGUCCAGGAGCAGAAACGCGAUCCCUCUGUUACUACUCCAUGGAUGGAGUUCUACGCACCUGGAGUGGAGAAAGGUGUUUCCGAAGCUGUCGAAGAACUUCCAUGUCGUUGCAAUCGAUCUUCCAGGUUUUGGCUUUAGUCCUGCACCAACUAAGGUGGGCCUCGGGGCCAAGGAACAGGCCGUCGCUUUUGACGCCCUCAUGCAACAACUUGGCUAUAAGAAAUACGGCGUUGUCAGCACCGAUCUCGGCUGGAUUUAUGGCUCCGCCAUGACAGAGUAUGUAGGCAAUAACAUGAUCGGCCACUUCACCGACUUUUUCCUGGCCCAGCCUACGCCAGAGAUUCUCGCUCGUGCAGGGCAAGGCAAGACAACACAGGAAGAGAAUGAGUACUUGGCUGGCCUGAACGACUUCUCAACCAAGCACUUCGCCUACGCCAGUGUGCAGUCUCAGAAGCCUGGGCUUCUGGCUGGCAUUCUGUCGGAUAGCCCGGUUGGUACUGCCGCUUGGCUAUGGGAUCUGAAAAUAAGCAGUAACAACGGCAUUGAGCCUACGCAGGAGGAGAUUGUGACGGAUGGCUUUGUCACCUGGAUUCAGAAUACAUAUGGCAGCAUUCGAUCGUAUUCGAUCGGGGAAGCCGCAUUGCCGACUACUAAAAUAUCGAAUGUACCCACAGCUGUUACCACUUGGGGCAAUGAAAACGGUCCAUUCCCCGGCCUUCGCAAAUUUCCUUUGGUGCCCAAGUCUUGGUUGGAGCCAUUGGUUAACCUUGUUUACUAUAAGAAGCACUCGGGUGGAGGUCACUAUCCUGCCUGGACAAGCCCUGAUGAUUGGACUACUGACGUGAAGGAGUUCUUUCUCGCCCUUUAA